ACCAACAUUUUUUUUAUAUUUCCUUGACAAGAAACCCAAAAAAAAUAUUGGUUUGUAAACACAUAAGAAAAUGGCAAACACUAUUCCAGUGAUUGACAUGAAAGAGGUUGAAGGCCAAUCUAAGAAACUCAUAGCCGCAUGUGAGGAAUGGGGAAUUUUUAGGGUGACUAACCACGGCAUCCCUCUGCCACUGCUCUCAGAAAUGAAGUCGGUGACACGAGCCCUCCUCGACCUUCCUCUGGAAAUCAAGCAGCGGGCACCUGACCGUGAAGGCUUUGGCAAGGGCUACAGUGCACCUGUUGAAAAUAUCAGUCUUCUCGAAGGUAUGGAUGUGUAUGACAUGGCCUCUCCUGGUGCUCUCGAGGCCUUUUGCUCUAGCCUAAAUGUCACUCCUCGACAAAGGGAGACAAUGAUGAAAUACAGUGAAGCUAUGCAUAAGUUGGCCAUGAAUAUAGGAAACAGAAUAGGUGAAGGUUUGGGGCUGGAGGGUGAAUUGUUCAAGGGAUGGUUUUGCCGGUUCAGAUUAAACAUCUACCGGUUCACUCCUGAAACCGUAGGAUUAACUGGUGCCCCGAUUCACACAGAUAUUAGUUUUCUUACCUUUUUGCAAGAGGAUGAUAAAGUUAACGGUCUAGAAAUUGUGGACAACAAGUCUGGUAAACUUAUUCCUGUUGAUCCAGUUUCAGGCACCCUUGUUGUCAAUGUUGGAGACAUUGCUAAGGCAUGGAGCAAUGGAAGAUUUAACAACGUGAAGCAUAGAGUGCAAUGCAACGAAGGAAAUACAAGGGUGUCGACUGUUUUGUUUAUGUUAGGACCAAAGGACACAAAAGUGGAAGCACCACCACAGCUUGUUGAUUCUAAACACCCUCGUCUCUACGUUCCUUUCUCUAUUGAAGAAUAUACCCAGCUUCGUCUCUCUACCAGAUUGCCGGCCGGUGAAGCUCUUGAAAAAUUGAGAACAACCUCUUAAAAAUAAUCAUGGAAAAUGAAUGGGAGCAUUCCAGAUUUGGAGAUAUUUUAAUUAGACAAAUGAAAAUAUAAAAUAAAAAGCCCAAUGGUACACCAUUUUCUUAAGAGCCCAGUGUUUGACGGUUUAACUCUCGCUGGGGACAUGUGAAUAUAAAAUAAAAAGCUAAACAUUUAGCUUCCAAUUAGAAAAUUAAGCAACUCAUAUUACUUUGUAAAUUUCUGUCUCUUGUGAUCGUUGAAUUUUUUUUAUAAUAAAGCUCUCAUUCUCAUUCUCUUGAA